GAACUUCUAUAAAUAUAACAUACAUAGAAUGAAGCUGAAGCAUAAACAGCCCAACCAAGUCAUAUCUUAUCUCUGUUCUUUGACUUUCCCUUUUUACAGAUUCUUUGCCAAUAGAACCUAAGAAAAAGACAUAAUAUCGUUGAUGGAGAAAAUUACAAAGGAAGAAAGGAGAAACAGAUGCCUUCCAAGUUUUGGAAGCAUAUAUCGAAGUAAGAGGACGGGUAAGAAAGAGGCAGCAGCAGCAAAAACCAAGGUAGAGGCGGAUCUGAUUAUUGUAAAAAAUGAAGAUAAAUCUAACGAGGAACAGAAGAAGAUUGAAAAAUGUUGGAUGAUGAGUGAGGAUGGGGAAGGCGGCAAGUCAACUGUAGAGUAUGAUGGUUCAAGCAUUUUAAACACAAGUGGGGUCUUGCGUGGGGAUGAAGACAUCAGUGAGGAGGAACCUGAGGAAGUAGCAGAGAUAUUGAUAGAUAAAGAGGAAGAUAGUGAAUUUCUAAUAACGAUGGUUUUGGACCUUUUGGUGGAAGACAACAAGUCGCUUCAACACAAGUCAAACGCUGCGAACAAAAACAGUAGCUUGCUUGAUGAAGAGGUAAUCACGGGGGAAGGCAGCAAGGAAUGUGAUGGAGUUCUGUCCAUUGAUGAAAGCUUAAAGGUGGUGGAAACCGAGAAGGUUGAUAAAGCAGACGAGAAAUCAACGGUUGAACAACGCUUAGAGAACGUGGAUGCCAAUCGUACACAGGCCGAGCAACCUACAACCCAAGAGCAGGCUAUAACAAUUCAAAAACAAAAUCGAGCAGUUACUCGGCCAAGGCAGCCAACUUAUGUACCCUCCCCAUCAGCUCGGGGUCAGGGAUAUCACGUGUCCGCAGCACCAAUUAAUAUGGGAAUCUGUGCUCCACCGAGUCAUCCUAUGAGGAAUGACUUUAACAAGGUGAAGACGUUUGAUCUGAAAGGAGUAAUAAAGAGUAGCGGUAAGGGAUUGAAAUCAAUUGCUUGGCCCCGACGUUUUUCAGUCAAAUGAACAAACUCCUAAUUUAACUCAAAUUACUAUCCUCUUAACUAUCUGUAUAAUUUUAUCUCUUCAAAAUCACUCAAACAACUUCCUACCAUUCUCCCAUCUUUUUAAUUUGUAUGCCUUAUACUUAAUUUUAAUUGGUUCAAUCGUCAUACUUCAUGAAUAAGAUGUUUCCUUCAAAUAUAUAAACGAUGCAGUGUGUAAUUUGCAGUCGGUGUCGGAUUUCGCACACAUUCGACUCAACGAAAUUAAUGUUUUGAAAAUUUAAAUUGGACAUCGAAAAUUUAUAUUC